CAAACACGUGCUUCCGGUUGAUAUCAAAACAUUCACAAGAUAAUGGAUAAAGUUUCAGUCGAUGGUGAUUGUAUUGUUGUUGACUGUGAUGAAAUAGACAGUAGUUCAGUAAAGGUUGCCAAUAAUGAUGAUGGAGACAUAAUUGAUGUAGAUAGUGGUCAGUUAUUGAUCUCUGAUGAAGAGAGAGAUUCACAUGAUGUUCAUAGUGUAGCGGAACAGAACAAAACUGAAAAGUUACGAAAAAUUAGAGAAAAUUUGAACAAGCUACAGGAAGUGAUUGCAAAGGAGAACGAUUCUGAUGAUUCAGCUGUUGUUUUAGAUAGUCCAAGUAAACUGCCGAUCGUUGAUUCAGAAGUCCAAAGCAUUGAAAUAAACAGACAGAGUAAUGUACAUGGUGAUGAUUCUGUAGAUAAUACAAACGACAGUAACAUGCUAAAAAAAAAGGGUCAAAUAAAUACUUGUUUUAGUAGUCGUGAGAAGAAUAAAUGUAAACAAGGAAAUGAGCAAGUUUUGGAAUCUGAUGGUGAAACAAAAUCGGCAGAACCGGUAUCCAUGGAAACCACAUCAAAACAAUCCGAUGUCAUGAACAUUGUGACAGUUAAAGUAGAGCCUAUUGAUGAUGAAGGUCUCAUCACCAAUCAGAUUGACCCUGGACAGUACCGUAUAAAAGUGGAACCAGAAUCAGAUGUAGAAAAUAACAUAUCUAGUGAUUCUACGUCAUCAUCAUCUUCGUCAGAGUCUGAAGAUGAAGGAGAACAAACCAAGAAACCACAGAGUAGAUCCAGACAGUCAAGUACUUCAUCACUGACAGAUAAACAGAUCAAACUGUGUAAGGAAGAAAUCAGAACAAAAGGAGAAUUAUUUCCUGAGGACUUACCUCCCUUAGAAGAUUUAGCUAUAACAGUAGAUGACUCUGUACAGCUCAUACAUAUUGGUGAUGUCACCAGUGUUAUAGGAGUUUUAGUUGUCGUCCAAUCAAAUGAAAAUAUGCCACCACUGAAUGAAGACACAGUUCUAUUUUUAGAAGGGAGAGUUUCAUGUGGAAAGAUAUUUGAAGUUUUUGGACCAGUAGCCUUACCAUGGUAUUCUGUAAGAUUCAACUCACUUGAAGAUAUCAUCAACAAAGAGGUUUCCAUAGGAACAAAGAUGUACUGUGCUCCUAAAGUGGAUCAGUAUACAAAUUAUGUAUUUGUAGAACAUUUGAAACAAAUAAAAGGUUCAGAUGCAUCAUGGGAAGACAACAAUGAACCACCUGCUAAGUUUGUAGAGUACUCGGAUGAUGAGGAAGAAAAACGAGCUAAAGCCAAACAUAGAAAUAAAAAACAACAAGAAAAUGCUGAUGGGGAUCAACUUCCUGGUGCUAAAAAUAGCAGGAAGAAAAAGUUUAGACAGUCAAAUGAAGUUAACAGUGAACAACAGAAAACAGUAAACAGUAAUCUUAAUCCUGGUUCUCAAAGACAUCAAGGUCCAAGAAAAUUUGCUCCAUUUGGCGGACAGCAUAAUAAAUAUCAACCAAGAGGUCCACCAAACCAUAACAACCCAAGGUUUCCUCACCAACCACCACAUCAAGGAAACAGGCCUAGAUUCAAUACAAGUAAUGGACCAAACAAUGUAAAUCAAGGAGGACAAACUUUCAGUGGAAACUCUUUUAAUCAGCCUCCUGAUAGUAAUACCAAUAAUGUUCAGCCACCACAGGAAAACAAGUCUGGACAAUUGAUGUUCAAUCCAGAUUUUAGCAAACCACCUCCAAAUUUCAGAUUUGGAUCUAACCAAUGGAAUAAUACCAAUGCUCUUCAAAAGGCCAGUAACUGCCAACCAUUUGGAGCCUCAAAGAGUAAUUUUACAUUCAACCAGAACUCUAAUACAAAUGCAUCUGAGCAAGCAUGGCAAGGACACAAUCACACUAAACAAAAUGAUGCACCUUUUCAAGCAGAUAAUGGUAAUUGGCAACCACUUGCCACCAAUAAUCAAUCUACUGAUAAUUGGCAACAAUCAAGUGAUAAAUGGCAGCAACCUGUCACAAAUUAUCAAUUUGGUGGUAAUUGGCAAGCACCUGCUGGUUGUAGUGAUUCAGGUGAUUCAAACCAGCAUGCACAGUCUAGAUCUGGCAGUUACAACAGAAACUGGCAAGGGCCUGCAAGGUCUGCAGGUUCUGACAAUACAAGUUGGCAGGCACCUGUAAGAUCUGCAGGUUCUGACAAUACAAGUUGGCAGGAACAGGCAAGGUUUUCAGCUUCUGACAAUACAAACUGGCAAGCACCUGCAAGGUCUUCAAGUUCUGACAAUACAAGUUGGCAGGUACCUGCAAGGUCUUCAGGUUCUGACAAUACAAACUGGCAAGCACCUGCAAGGUCUUCAAGUUCUGACAAUACAAGUUGGCAAGCACCUGCAUGGUCUUCAAGUUCUGACAAUACAAGUUGGCAGGCACCAGCAAGGUCUUCAGGUUCUGACAAUACAAGUUGGCAGGCACCAGCAAGCUCUUCAAAUUCUGACAAUACAAGUUGGCAAGCACCUGCUCCAAGAAAUAAUUCUAAUUACUGUGUUCAAAAUGAUCAAAAUGCAGGUUCUUAUAUUCCUUAUAAGAAUAGUAAUUAUUCACAAGGACCUGCUCCAGCUUCUUACGAUAACAGUCAAACAUUGAUCAAUAGAAAUUCAGAGAAUAUUAUGUGUAAUAAUAGUGUAAGCCAGGGACAGACUGGACAGAAUAUGAAUCCCAGCAGAUCUGUCGUUGACAAUCGUUACAUACAAAAUAUAGAAUACAACAAAGUCGGACAACCAACACCCUUUCAAAAUAACAGACCACGUUUUGGUGGAGGACCACAGUUUAACAACCAACCUUAUUGAUGUCAGAUGAAAUCUUGCAGUACAUUGUGAAUAAAACUUGUAUACUAA